UGGCCGCCGCUCGCUUUCAGCGGCAGGGUCGGCGUGGGCAGCGUGGCGCAGCCCUGCGGGAGCGGGAACCGUGUCCCACUUACCUCCCUCAGCUCGGAAGGGCAGCGCCUCGCAGCCCACCGCUGCAGGGCCCCAAGCCGCCAGCACCGAGCUCCGCGGCGGCCCUGCGGGGCCUCCACCCGCCCCACUCGGUGGGGAGACUCGCUCCGUACCCUAACGCUACAGGUCGGGGGAGGCCGGCCCGGGGCUCGGCAGCUGCCGUUGAGCGGCUUCUGCCCGGGUGCGCGUUUAGGAGCAACGGCCGCGAGUAGCGGUGCCGUGCGCAGGAGGUGCGGCGGCGGCGGCGUGGCAGGCUGUGAGUGAGCGGCUCCUGGCCUCGCUGUGGGGCGCCCGGGGGAGGCCGCCGCGGCCCGGGGAGGCAGCGCUCCGCGCUCGGGCACUGCCCGGCUGGGAGCGAGCCAUCUCGGAGGGCUGGCAGCCUCCGGCAGAGCUGGCGGCGUUGCUGGGAGCAAGAACCCAAAGGCUGCUCUGCGAACGUGACUCUGUAGACAGGGAGGCACCGCUGGCUGGAAAGUGCUGGGAAGGGAGCCCCAAGCAACAACAGUGCGAGGAAGCUUGGAUGGCUGGGUGAGAGCUGGUUGUCCGGAAGAUCGCCGUUGAGGAUUACAACAUGCCCAAAGAAAUGCAGGAACUACAGAAGCAGUGGCACUCCCUGAUGCAGUCCAUCCACAGCAACUCCAAUGUGCUUGCAUUCAUGAACUCUCGUGUGGGCCAAUAUUUGGAUGACCAUCCUUUUGUUGCCUUAUCACUCCUGAUGUUUCUGGCAGUGUCUGCUAUUCCCACUGCAUUUUUCUUCAUUUUUGUUGUUACAACAGCCAUAAUGGCCUGUAUUGGUGUGAUAGUCAUGGAAGGUGUUGCAAUAGCCGUAGGUGGUGUGGCCCUUCUUUGUGUGCUGUGUGGCCUGGGUGCCCUCUCCCUGGGACUUUCUGGAGCAUUGAGUGUUGGUUAUGUUGUUCUUUCAACUCUGGUCAACUACUGGCAUGCUUCAAGGGAUCAGAUAAGGCAACAAGAAGUUAAUGGAAGCUUGCCACAGAAGAGUUCUCCUGUCUUGAAUCUGUCUGCCAGUAGUGGAAAGGAGGAAUGAGUGGG